AUGGCUACCCGCCUCCUCCACCUCCGCCGCCUUCUCCCGGCCGCGCGCCCGUCCGCCGCCGCCGCCGCCGCGUUCUCCACCUCCGUCACCCCGACCCCGCGGGUCUCCGGUCUCGUAGACGAGAUCUGCGGCCUCAACCUCCUCGAGGCUUCCUCCCUCGCCGACGCCCUGCGCGGCCGCCUCGGCGUUGACCAGCUCCCUCCCCUAGCUAUCCUAAUGGGCGGAGCAGCUCCGCUGGCCGGCGAUGGCGCCGCUGGGGCGGCCGGCGAGGAGGCAAAGCCGAAGGAGGAAAAGAUGGCGUUCGACGUGAAGCUGGAGGGGUUCGACGCCGCGGCCAAGCUUAAGAUUAUCAAGGAGCUGAGGGCGUUCACGAGUUUGGGCUUGAAGGAGGCCAAGGAGCUCGUGGAGAAGGCGCCGGCCGUGCUGAAGGCCGGGGUGCCAAAGGAGGAGGCCGAGGGCAUUGCUGAAAAGUUGCGGGCACUGGGCGCCAAGAUUGUUCUCGAGUGACAGGACCAGAUCUCUGUAUGGCUUUGUUUCUUGAUUUCUUUCUUUCUGUUUAUUGUACGAAGAAAAAGAGAAAAUUUUGGAACCAAGGAUUCAUCAAUAAUUAACGAGGCUAACUCUGGAAUUCUUGAUAUCCUCUCGUUGAUAGCAGAAAUGCCAGUUGGGCUUUGGAAAACAUGGUCUCGGAAUUAGCGAUAGAGCUUUUAGCUGUCUUGUGUCUGUUUCUUGACGGAGCAAGAUAUUGUAUUACCUAGAACAAGAGCAACUAGUUUAAUACUGGAUUUCUGUCUUAUCAACCGCACCAGUGAUUUUUUUAUA